AUGUAUAGGGCUGAUAUUAUCAGAAAGAAGUCAACUUCUUUAUUAUUAUCAAGUGAAAGAAAUGCGUUUGAAAAAAAAAAAUGGCUAUUGAAAAAAUCUUUGGAUAAUUUAUUAGAUCAUAAUAAAACACAAAAGGGAUGUCUCCAUUCCUUAUCAUAUUUAAAAGAUAAAAUAAAUCAUCCUUAUAAUAAUAAUGUAAAGAAUGGUUAUAAAGAUUUAGCUGUAUGCUCAUCAUCAAUUAAAUACAAUUCAAACGUAGAUUAUAAUAUAUUUUAUGAUUCUUUAAAUUAUAUUUGUGAAAAUGUACAAAAUAUAUGGAGUAAUAAAAAUAAGAAUGUUAAAAUUAAUGAAAAUAUAUCUAAUAUGUUUGUGAGAUUUUUAAAAAAAUAUAAUCAUAUUAAAAAUGGAAACUACAAAAUGAAAAAAGGGGUAUAUAAAAAUGAUAGUUUUAUAAAAUCAUCUAAUUAUUUACAGUCCUUUUUGUUAAAUGGGAAAUGUAGUGAUGGUGAAAAAAUUAUAAAAAAAAUUUUAAAAGAUAAUAAAAAUUUGAAAAGUCUCAAAAAAAAAAUGAUGAUGAAGAAAAAUAAAGAUUUUAUGUUUUCCUCUCAGAGGAGUAUGACUAAUCUAAGUGGUCACAACCAAAAUGAAAAUACAUUUGUCGAAUCAAUAAUUAAUAAUAAUAAUAAUAUAAUUAAUAAUAUAAUAAAAACACAUAUGUCAUUUAAUAAUUCAAGAUAUACUAGUUUUCUUAAUAAUAACUUAUCAAAAUAUAAAUUAAACUUUUUUGAGUUUUUAAAAAAUAUUUAUCUUUCUAAAGCACCCAAAGGAUUUGAAAGAUUUGAAAAUAAAAGUCCUAAUACCAAUAAUUUUAAAUCUGAAGAAGAGAAACCACGUAAAUAUGAUAAUUAUUUUUUUUAUAUAUUCUUUAUCUUAUUAUUAUUUUUCCUUCUAUUUGUGGAUUCGAAUGGUUUAUAUAAUGAAAUAAGUCAGAAUGAUUUUUUUUAUAAAUAUUUAUCAAAAGGUUAUAUAGAGAAAAUUAAAUUAAUUAAUAAAGAUUAUGUAAAAGCAUAUUUAAAUACUCAUGGUAUAAAAAAAUAUCAUAUGAAAUAUGUAAGUUUCCGUGUUGGAAAUAGUGAUAGUUUUGAAAAAAAAGUAGAAGCUAUACAAAGAGAAAUGAAUAUAAAAAGAGAUGAAUUAAUAGAAGUACAAUAUGUUAAUGAAGCUAAUAUAUUAAAUGAAGUAAAAGGUUAUAUUCCAAGUAUUUUAUUUUUUUUAUUGUUAAUAUUUUUAUUUCAAAAAAUUACUUUAAAGAAUGUUACUAAUAGUGGUAUGGAUAAAUUAUUUAAAUUUAGUAAGAUAUCACCUAUUAAUAAAAAUAAUUUAAAAACAGAUGUGAAAUUUUCAAGUGUAGCUGGUAUGAAGCAAGCUAAAGAAGAAAUUAUGGAAUUUGUAGAUUUUUUAAAAAAUCCAACCAAAUAUGAAAUAUUGGGUGCUAAAAUACCUAAAGGUGCAUUAUUAUGUGGUGCUCCAGGUACUGGAAAAACUUUACUAGCCAAAGCUGUAGCAGGAGAAGCAAAUGUUCCAUUUUUUAAUAUUAGUGGUAGUGAUUUUAUUGAAGUUUUUGUUGGUAUAGGUCCAUCAAGGGUUCGAGAAUUAUUUGCUCAAGCAAGAAAACAUGCACCUUCUAUAAUUUUUAUAGAUGAAAUUGAUGCUGUCGGGAGAAAAAGAUCAAAAGGUGGUUUUGCUGGUGGAGGUAAUGAUGAAAGAGAAAACACAUUAAAUCAAAUGCUAGUAGAAAUGGAUGGAUUUCAUACAUCUAAUGAUAAGGUAGUUGUUUUAGCUGGUACUAAUAGAGUAGAUAUUUUAGAUCCAGCUAUUACUAGACCAGGGAGAUUUGAUAGAAUAGUAAAUAUAAGUAAACCUGAUAUAAAUGAAAGAUCUGAAAUUUUCCAAGUUCAUUUAAAAAAUCUUAAAUUACAUGAAUCAUUAGAUAUUAAAAAUAUUAGUUAUAUAUUAGCAUCUUUAACACCUGGUUUUGUUGGUGCUGAUAUUGCUAAUGUUGUUAAUGAAGGAGCUAUUCAAUGUGCUCGACGAUCUAAUUUAUUAGGUGUUCAAAUCAAAGAUUUUGAACUAGCUAUAGAAAGAGUCAUUGGUGGAUUACCAAAAUCUUCCUCUCUUAUAUCACCACUUGAAAAAAAAAUUAUAUCAUAUCAUGAAACUGGUCAUGCACUUAUUGGCUGGUUUUUAGAAUAUGCUGAUCCUGUAUUAAAAGUAUCUAUAAUUCCUAGAAAUAAUGGGGCCCUUGGAUAUUCACAACACUUAAGUGAAGAAAUUAUGUUAUUUUCAAGAGAUGCAAUAUUAGAUAAAAUUGCUGUAAUAUUAGGUGGAAGAGCAGCAGAAGAAUUGUUUAUAGGAAAAAUUACAACAGGAGCUAUUGAUGAUUUAAACAAAGUUACUCAGCUAGCUUAUUCAUAUGUUUCUCAAUAUGGUAUGAAUCAAGAAAUAGGAUUGGUGUCAUUUCAACCCAAUUCAAAUAGUGAAUAUAAUUUAUACAGGCCACAUUCAGAAUGUUUAGCACAUCUUAUAGAUAAUGAAGUUAGAUCAUUAAUUGAAACUCAAUAUAAAAGAGUUAAAUCUAUAUUAAUGAAAAAUGAAAAACAUGUACACAAUCUAUCCAACUUAUUAUAUGAAAAGGAAACUAUCUCAUAUCAUGAUAUUGUUAAAUGUGUUGGUGAAAGACCCUAUCCAGUCAAAUCAGCAUAUGAAAAGUUUGUAAAGGCAAAUCCAUACAAAGCAAUAAUAAACGAACCAUUACUUGAAGAUAAAAAGGAAAGUGAUAAUAUCAAAGGUGAUGUAAAGGGUGAUACAUCAAAUGGUGCAACUGUUAAUACAAAGGAGAAUAAAAAAGACAAUACAAAGGAGAAUAAAAAAGACAAUACAAAGGAAAAUAUAAAGGAAAAUACAAAAGACAAUAAAAAAGACAAUACAAAAAAUCAGUACAAUAUUUCGGGUAACAAUUCCAAAGAUGAUACUAAACAAACUUCAUCAAAGUUGAAUGAAGAAAAAUGUAAUGAAAAAUUAGGAGAUUCUCAAAAGAAGGAUAAUAAAAUAUCCAAUGUGAAACUAAGAUGA